AUGUGCAGCACGCAUGCGGCGUGCGACACCAUCAGACGUCAAAUUGACGAUCUGGAAAACCAGAAGGUCAAUAUGGAGCAACGGUUCGAGAAGGCCUGGUCAGAUGUGAAAAACGUCGGCGAAGCAGCCGGAGCGAAAGUGGAAGGCGUUUUUGACUCUGCCGAGCUUCACUUCGCAGAACUUCGAAAGAUUCGCCAGCAACUAGCAGAUGUGACGGCAAACGAGACGGCUUCUAUGCAACAGCUGCAUAGCAUCAUUCUCUCUUGCCAGCGUUCUAUUAGCAGGUCCCUGCGCUCUAUCCAAUCCAACAGUGGGAACGGUGACAGCCUACCCACGACGUCUCAGCAAGACGCAGAGUAUACGCGUCCGAGGGACAGCACAAGUCCCGCAGAGCACGGAGCCAUCGACGCGAUACGAACGGACGGCAACAUCGACAACGUGACAGAAAUCCUGCAAAGCCCCCCGGCGCGAGUCGUGCGUUUUUCCGAGAUCUGCCCUCGCGGUCAAGCUACACAUAGAAUUGUCAGAGCGCGACGCGACAGACAGAAUCUUUGGUUCUUUUCGUGCCGUGGGUCUAAGGCUGCAUGCGUCAAGAAACGGGUUUUCUAUCACAAGAGCGACGAAGGGCUCCUCAAGGCAGUAUCAUAUCACGCUAGACUCAGUCAUGGCAUUGCAGAAACAGAAUGGCCAGAAAUCUGCCGACUGCUGGGCACCAAAGUCACAGGCUGCACAACAGACGACGCCAGACGGAACAAUGAAGCCUUUAAUGGUGUCGUGGCUAGGCUUGCCCACGAAGAGAAUCCAAGAGGCCAAGCCGAUCGAGAGUACAAGCCAAGCUGUGCGCAAAGCGAACCGGAACAACGGACUACGCGCGGUGGGCGGAGGACAGCAGUACGACCGCCCAGCGAGACAGCGGCUGAGCUUGAGCAGGAGGCCGAGACAGGCAUUCGGGCGUCCCUCGAGCGCGGCAUAUCUCCCCCAUGGGACGCAGAAGAUGUGCUGCAGGAAGCUUCGGAGCAUGCUCGAGCUGCUCUUACCGCGAAUACCCAGACUCAGCACUCUCCUGCGAGGUUUGAGAUCGUGUCCCAGGCUGCCCCGGUCGCCGAAAUGUCGUAG